AUGGAGGAACUCAGUCAAGACUCGCAGAUAACACAACUAUCCGAAAGUCAGGAUCUUUUCCAAGACUAUGGUGCACAGAACGAUGAUUUAGGGAGAGGACAACAGAAUGACUUAAAAGAAAUAUUGAAGGAAUUAAAGUCUCUACGAUCUGAAGUUGCAGAACUUAAAGAGAUGCUAUCGAGUACUGUCCAACAGAGACCAUUCCAUAUGGAGAAGCUGCAUCUAUUUCUGAGACAUUUGUUUACCAAAAACAUGUGGCUUGAUCUCCAGAAUGAAGAAUACCAGCCUGAAGUGAAGAAAUGCUUACAGAGGGAUGGCAGAUCCUCGGAUAUUGAUGCAUUGAAAAAAGUCAACUCGUUUUCUAUGCUGAAAUUCACAGAAUUCAGAAACCAAUUUAGAAGGAGUCUUGUACAGAAGAGAAAAGUGGACCUCAGAAGUUUGAAAUUGGCAGAGUUCUGUAGGGUAGUCUACAGUCCAUUCUGCAGAUCAGGAGAGGAUAAUUGCUCCACUGAGAGACGCCGAAAUGCCCUACUGUUUAGAACUUUCUUGUAUAGACAAAAAAUAUUUGUCUAUACAAACCAGAAUCAGACCCAGAACCAGACCCAGCAAGAAAGCCAUUUCUGGAAUGAUUUCAAAACAUACAUUCAAGAGCACCGCAGCCAAACUGAGGAUAAAUGGUUAAAGAUGGAGGAGCUUGAUGGCAGAAGACGAAACAAGUUCCUCAACAGUCAAGGUUUGCUUGAAAAAUUUGUCAGAAGCAAAAAGAGACCGUUAGUGCGAAAAAUAUUGACAUGGUCACCAGAACCCAAACGCAAGAAGAGUGAGACAUUGUUGAAAGGAAAGCUGUUAAUGCACCGUCAGAUGAGGAUCAUCGCAUUACUAAUCAUGAUACAGUCCAGACAGCAGAAGCAUUAUUAA